UUUUCUUAUUUAUUUUCAUUUUUUUCGCGAAAAAUAAAUAGCUAUUUAUUUGGUUCUAUUAUAUAUUCCGAAUAACUCUCAUUUUCAUCGUCUGUCCUACUUCCAAUAAUUUAGACACUCUAUCUUUCUUCUCUACCGAAAAUCUCCAGUUCAAGCCAUGAAUUCUUCUAUACUAAAAUCUUUGGAGCAAGGGAACCUUGUGUUGAAGUCCGGUGUCUUAGACAAGGCAUUGAGUAAGAUCCAAACCCAUGGAAAUCAAGUUUCAGGUUUAGAGUUCAAGCCUUACCAUGAAGGCAUAUACACAAUUGUGGUCUUCGCGGCACCGAGUUGCCGUUUAGAUUCUGCUGCUUCCACUCUUAUGUCUGGGUCAGAAGAUCAGAAUCCGUUUCACUUUCUAUGUUCUGAGAAGAACCCCUCGUUCCCCCUUCACACACCUGCUUACCAGCUCUUUGACUCCGUCAGGAAAGAUCUCAUUCACCUCAGAUCAGAGUUGAUUGAGUUGCUCAAGUCCAAGGAACAAGUGAUCAUAACAGGAGCUGCGUUAGGAGGAUCUGUGGCAUCUCUCUUUACGCUGUGGCUUACAGAGAAAGUGGAGCCUAAAUUCAAACGUCCCUUGUGCAUCACGUUUGGCUCGGCUUUCAUAGGAGACGAUAAGCUGCAACAGAUUCUUGAGGACUCCUGGAGGAACUCAUGUUUCCUUCACGUGGCUGACGCUGCCCAAACUCCCGUGAACAAAUAUUUCAAGCCUUUUGGAACGUUCUUGAUUUGGGUCGGCUCCCAAUGCGUUUGCAUCGACGACCCUAUGACUGUCACGGAGUUGCUAGGCGGUCCUAACACGGACGUAGUAGACUACGGAGAAGUUCCUGGUCGUCUGGCUCAACCUGUGGUGGUGGAUUCAACAUUGACGAUUGAUGAUGGCGUUUUCAGCCGAAUGGCGGAACGUGCUGAGAACAAGAAGCGGCGUUUUGAUCGGCUUCAGAAGCUAAUCGACAUGAAGAUAAACAUGAUAUAUUUUGAAUGGGACAAGAAGAAAAGCAAGAAGUUGAAGAUGGGUUUCUACGAUUGGUAUAGAACUAUGGAGUCUUGUCCUUCACAAGACAAAGUGGAUGCUCAGAAGCGCAAAACAGAGCUAAAUGAGUACUGGAAAGAAUUGGUUGAAGAAGUGAAGAAGAUGCCUCAGAGCGAAAAGGCGCUUUUCAAGACCCGGUCUCUCUUAGCCGCAAACAAUUACAGACGGAUGGUCGAGCCGCUCGACAUUGCCGAGUAUUACCUCAGUGGUAAAACAGAUUAUCAAACCACUGGAAGGUCUCCCCACUAUGCUGUGCUCGAGAAAUUGUUCAAGGCAGAAAAUAUUAACCCGGAUAGACCGAAGAACAGUGACCUGAGUGAUCUUUUGACGUUUGAUUCUUGUUUCUGGGCUAAAGUUGAGGAAGCUAUGAUUCUAACCAAAACACAAGUGGUGAGUAGAGAGCUCAUGACGUUUGAAGAAGACGUGUGGGAGAUGAUCAGAAAACGUGAGGUUUCACCGGAGAUUUUCUUGGAGGGAAGCAGUUUCAUGAAGUGGUGGAGAGAGUACAAGGAGAUCAGAGCCGUUCAUUCUCCACCUUCUUACUUCACCGAGUUUAUGAUCAAUGGGGAGUACAAGACUUAUGGUCAAGCCUGCUGAUGAAGAAUGUUGUACUGAAGAGUUAUUAUCAGUAAAAUAAUCAGUUACAUUGCAUGUUAAGUUGAUGAUUGAUUGUAUUCAACUAUUUAUUUCCAUGAAAAUUAAAAGUUCAUUUUUAAGGAAAAUUA